AAUUCAAAAUUAUGAGAUAAACAACAGCAUGGUCGCAACCUGAACUACUGAACUCAACUGAACUGCCUAAACUGAACUGAAAGUAUUGAAAGUGCCCUACUAAAGGCCUAUUUUGUCUUCUGUAACAACUGACAAGUCAGUAGUAGCCUUGUGGACGUCUUUGUAAUUGAAAUUUUGUGUGACUGGUGCUCGGAGUCUGUCACAAAUCAUGUCAGCAGGCAGUAACACUGAGGAAAAAACUAACAAUGAAAGAGUUCUUGAUGACAGCACAGACAUAGUGCUCAUUCAGAGCAAUGGAUUGGCACAAGAAGAAAAAACAGGCUCAUGUGCCUCUGCUGUUCCUUCUGUCAACGGUCCAUCUCACGGUGCUGGUAGUGGACCACAUAGUGAAGACCAAGACACUUUAACAAAUGGAGAUUCUCAGAGGUCAGUCCACAGGAGGCCCACUUGCGAGAUAUGUAUGGAAGAGGAGUCAAAGUACACUUGCCCUGGCUGCACCAUGAAGACAUGUUCACUACAGUGUGUUCAGGCCCAUAAAACGAAGCUGAGUUGUUCAGGGGAGAGAAACAAAACAGCUUUCAUGGACCUUACCCAGUAUUCUGAUGCGAAUUUGCUGAAUGAUUACAGAUUUUUGGAGGAUGCAGAGAGGACACUCUACAGCAACAAAAUGGUUCCACUCAACAGAAAUCGUUCUCAAGUUGGAGCACCUUACCACCUGAACAAACGGUGCAAGCUUCUGAUGACGGCUGCUCUAAAGAGAGGUGUGAAACUCAGGAUUCUGCCACAGGGUUUCUCAAAGAACAGAGCAAACAGUAGCUUUUAUACUGUCAAGUCUGACUGUAUUGACUGGCACAUUGAAUGGCUUUUUGCCACUGGGGAUUCCAUCUUGAAGGUCAAUGACAAGAGGGUGAAAGAGACCACAAUACUUAUUGAUGCUGUCAGCAAAUUCACCAAUGCUGUACAGUUCCCACAUCUGAGAAAGUCCUUGGAAGGUUUUCAGAAAGCCGACCCGUCCCUUUGCCGGUACCUGCUCAAAGUAGAAGGGCUCCCGGCAAACAUGCCCAGGUACUUUCAACUGAGGCCUGACUUGACUCUCGCCUCAAAUCUGAUGGGUCAGUGCCUGACUGAGUACCCCAGUAUUCACGUGAUACCACAGUCUCACAGCAUGGACAGUUACGCAAUUAUUUCCAAGGAGGACAUUUUGCAUAUGAUUCCAAGCAAUGCCCGCCAUAUGGUGAUCGUCCACCCGGAGUUGGAAGUCAAGGAGGAUUUAGAGACCAAGCUGUUGAAUCCGCAGUCCUCUGUUUAUUUCCCGUCAGAAGCCAAGAACGAUGUAGAGACUGAGGUUUUGAACUCUCAGUCAUCUGUUACAGAUGUUAGAUGUUCAUAAUGUUGCUGUUCCUUUGUCAUUUAUUAAAAGUUUUCUUGUAAUUCAGCAUCAAA